UUCUUUAAAAUUUCAGCUUCCUUCAAGGCAUCCCUCUGUUAGCAGUUUUUUGGAUAGGUUCAUGACCCAAGUUCAGGCAACAUUGCACUGGGCUGCUGAUAAUUGGGUUAGACAUGAAGAAAAUGGUCUUUGUCAUGAAAAAGAGCUCAGACUUUUGAGAUCAACUUCCCAGGAGAGGACACAGGUUUCUGCCACAAAACGAAACCAGCUUUUUCAAAAAAAGAAGCGAUUACAGAAAGAAAUUGAAGAACUCCGAACAAGACUGGCCAUAUUAGAAGGAAAAGAUCAACAGCUGAGAAGAGAAAUUGAAGAACAAGAUAGGCUUAUUCAGUCACAGGAUUGUGAACUGGCUGCUUUACUUGGGUGCAUUUCUUUGAGAGAGUUGCAGGAAAUAAGCAAGGCUGUGGACGACACUUUAGCAUCCUCCUAUCGAAUUCCAUUCAGUUUAGAUCUUCCAGGAGCAAUAAAGAGCCUUCAGGAGAAAGAACAGUUGUUCAGCAUGUCCAUUAAAGAAACUACUGCCAAAGUUUGCACGAGUCAGAAACUCUGCAGUACUUUGAGGAGGAAAGUGAAUGAUAUUGAGACUCAACUACCAGCUCUACUUGAAGCCAAAAUGCUGGCUGUUUCAGGAAGUAAUUUUGGCACUGCGAAGGAUCUAGCAGAAGAAAUAAGAUCAUUAACAUCUGAGAAAGAGGGACUGGAAGGACUUCUCAAUGAACUGUUGGUUCUGAGUGCCAGAAAUACAAGAAAAUUAGAGAGAAUUAAAGAUGAUUACACCAGACUGAAACAAGAACUUGAACAAGGAGAGACUGCCUUUGUGACCAGUAUAAAAGAAAAUGCUGAGAAGUACAUGGAGAUUCUGGUGGAUAAACUACAUAGCUGUGGGAGCCAGCUGCUCCAAAGAGUGUGGGAAGCUGACUUGGAGGCCUGUCAGCUGUUGAUCCGAGGGUUUCAGCUGAGAGAAACCAGUUGCUGUGUUUCUGAGGAAGAAGAGAACCAAAUGGAUGAGAUGGAGAUGACUGCUGAUGCCCCACCUGAUUCUGAAAAAAGAAAAGAAGGUCACUUUCUAAAGGGCACAGAGUGGGGUGCUGUUUCCUGCUCCAAACACAGGGAGCUGAAAGAGGUUAUGGAAGACAUUUCAUUUGGAACAGAGGGUCAUUUAUCUGAGGAGUUCUUCAUAUUUUCUGCAGAGUUGGGAGAAAAAUGUGAAGCAAUAAGUGAGAAAUUGGUGCAUCUGGAAGAUCAAUUGCAAAGUUCCGCCUGCAGAGUUGAUGAAGGAGUUAUUCAGUCUCUGCAGAGGGAGAUCCAGGUGGUGAAGGAGACACUCCAGACCGUGCUGGUGCAACUUCAGUCAGCCAAGGAGGCAGGAGAAGAAAAGGCUGGAGACUUCCUCUGUGACAGCUGGUGUCCAGGAAAACAAGACUGAAAGGAAUAAUGAGCAGAAAGAGCUGGUAGGAUGACAUUAAUUCACAAAGGGCUGCUUUUAGUAACUGAAUACUGUUUUACUAAGCCUCAGGGAUCUCUUCUCUCCCCUGCAUAACUAAUAACUAAAUCAAUUAUGGAGAAACAGAGCCUGGAGGUCUAUCAUCAGAAGUAUGCUACGCAGGCUCAUAUGUUUUGGCACAGAUUGGGAAACAGCUUUCAGAGCAGAGCAGCUCCUGUAAAUGUGUAGAUUACAAAUUGAUACAUUUCAAGUGAGUCUGCAAAGUUGCCUUUAAUGUCAGUGAAGUGUUCUCCUUGAAGGCUCAUAAACGCUGUCUUCCUCUACUCAUGGAUUUUUUUCCCCUGAUUUAAAAACGCAGCAUUACAGCUGGAACAUCUAGUAUUUCUUGGAAAAGAGCUCUAAGAAUAAUAAGAACUUUUUUCCCCCCCUUUGGCUUUAACAGCUUUCUUACACUGAAUGUAUUUUCACAUUCCUGCCAAUAAUUAAAUCAAUAGGUGAAAUUCAAGCUAACCAUGUUCUUUCAACUGAAAUUUGGAUCUCAUUUGCUCUGUGGUAUUAAGUACAGUGGAGGUAACUAACAGCAGCCCCUACAGGAGUAGUUUAAUUCAAUUUAUUUAGGUAUUAAUGUAAACUUUCUUUAGUAAUACAGGGGUUGUAAAGCAAAAAAAAAAAAAUCUUACAUUGGUGAUCUGUGUUGCUUAUAUUUAAAUAUUGUAUGAACAAAAAGUCAUUUAAGUCUUGUAAAGAUUACUACCGUUACUUUGAUCUUCCUUGUAAGCUUCAGAAGGAAUACAGAUUUUUUUGCAAGACACAUAUGUAAAUAUAUACACAUGCAUAGUUAAACAUGUUUUUUUAUAGGAAAUAAAAGCAAUAUUCAACUGAAGCCAACUGGAUGAUUGUUCAAGAGUUAAUGUCUUCAAAAAUUCAUGUGUACUUCUACUUUGAUACCAGUAUAUCUCUGAUACCAUAAAAAUUCUGUUGCAGAGGGAGAAUUUUUUUUUAAUCUUAAUUUUUAAAAAUACAAUAGAAAAUGUCUUGCAACUGAGUACUGUACUUUUUUGAUACUGUUUUUCUGACAUUUUUAGAAUUACUCUUCUACUUCAGUUACAUUUUAUAGCCACAUUGUGUUUUUGCAAAGUUUGAAGGUCAUUGGACUGCUUUCCCACUAAGAUCCUGUUCAUUUUUUGUGUGUUUUAAUGCUAGUUGAAACUUUUACCUCAGUGUUAAGUAUGGAAGGAGGGAGGAAAAAAAAGUGCCAGGCAGCUGAGACAUACAACAGGAUUAUAAUUGCCUCCAGAGCUGUCAAACCAGGGCAGCAGAGCUCAGGUGGUUUCUAGUCAUCAGAUCCUCAGGGUUGCGUUACAGCCCUGUAAUUCAGAACAUGGUUGACUCUUCUCAUUGAGUAAUAUAUGGGCCAAUAUCCACGUUGUGGUAAAGACUCUUGGAGCUCCAGCUUGCAUGGACUCUGCUACUCGGUUCUCUAAUGGAGAUCUCUUGCUAUUCUGCUUGACAAGUUUGUCUCUCCAUGUCCCUGUUCAAUACCUACCUCCCCACCACAGCUCUGGCACUUUCUGAAGCUCCCCUGAACAGAUGAACAAGGUGUUUGCCUCCACCUCAGGGCGGGAGACAAGUGCAGGUGGCGCCCUGACAUUCAGCCCACGCACAGGACCAGCUCCAGGGCAAAACCUGCCUGCCAGAAAGCACUCAUGGAAACCCACAUGAGUUCAGGUAAAGAAGAAAGAGAGCACUCUGAUACGGCUCUUAAAACUGUUUCUUUAACACCCUGGGGUUCAAUACCAUAGAGGGCCCAGGUACUGCAUUUCCAGCAAGGAGCAUUUGUGUAGGACUGUGACACCAGUCCCAGAGAUGAUGGCCAGUACACUAAACUAAGGUUUCAUGACAUCUCAUUUUCCCACCCUGCAGAGUUUUGUCCUUUGAAUACUUAGUGCCUCCAAUGUAAACAGUUGUUAGGCCCCAGAAGUGCCUUAGACCAGGAUCAGCUACAGCUGAACCAUCAGGUCUACCUUCUUGCAGCAGCAAGGGCUCAACAAAAGGAAUAGGACCCGACCAUCACAGGGGCAGGAGAACAGCAUCCUCAUUCCCACUAGCAAGAUUUCUUGAAGACAUUCCCAUUCAAUUAAAAAAACUGUAUGGCUUUUGUGUUUCAAAGCUUCAGAGCACUAUUGCAUCUUAAUAAAAACUUAGUUUAGGCAACCACUCUAAUAAGAUACUGAAUUUCUAAGGAGAAGGGAAACUGAAUCAGUCAUCACUGGUGUUAUGUUUGUAUCUGUUAACAUCUAUUUUAUAUGUAAUGUGGACUACUACUACUCCUUUAAUUUAUUGUUCCAUUAACUUCAUUGUUUGUUGUGGGAAGUUAGAGCCAGUAACCAUCCCUUUUCUCAGACACAUUUGAUAAUAAGCAUACUUUAAAAAAAAAAGGUACACUAUGCAAUGUAUCGGCUGCCUUUUAUCUGUGAAUAGAAAACUUUCAAAUAAAGAGAAGUAUGUUUUUAACUAA